UAAAUUAUGUUCAUGACGUAGUGCUAAAGGCCAAAUUUGUUGAAAUUUUGGUGGUCUUCACAGCAGAAGUCGUUUUUUGACGGUAUCUUGGGGAAUAUGUAUGCUAUCUGAAUUGUAGUACCAAAGGGACCGUCAUAAAAUAUUAAGAAAGAAAGGAUCUUCACGUUGUCAAUCCUCCUUAUCAAUGCAAAUGCCUCUUUUGUGUGCAGCCAUAGCGCCUGUCUAGAGCUGUGAGAUGAAUUUUUAAUUAUGUGUGACUAAAACAAACUGUGGCAAAGAUUUUUAAAAGGAAAAAAACACAGAAAAUAAGACACAUAUUUACGAAUGUGAAGACUGACUGCUUGGUGGUGAAAGCACUAAACCAUGGACCCUAAGGAUAUCCCUACUGACGCGCCCCUAACUGUCAAUGAACAGGUGAUAGUGAUGUCUGGACACGAAACGAUCCGAGUCCUGGAAGUGGAGGUAGAUCAAGCCUCCCUUCCGUCCUCAGAGCCAGAUGUAAGGACUGGUUUGGCUGGUGAAGAUGGGGGUAGUCAGGCCACAGAGCAACCUGAGGCAGGAACACAGGGCAGCCCGAUAGCACCACAAAACACUGGGGGAGUAGUGCUAGGAGACCAGAUGGUGUCUGUGGAGUCUGCUGUCCAGACACUGGCCCAGACCGCAGUCCCCAUCAGCGUGUCUCUGUCACAGCCACAGGCCACCAUGCCCAUCACUGUACAGAGCUUGCAGGGCCUGCACGGUUUGCAGGGCCUGCACGGUUUGCAGGGCUGUCAACAGGUUCUGACCCAGGAUGGCUUGGCCACUCUGGUGACCGGGAUGAUGGCCCAGACAGGCUCACUGGGCCAGCCGCUGCUCAUUCCCCUGAGCAUGCCAGGGUCCAUGGGGGGCCAAGGAGGCCUCGCCGUCCUCACUUUCCCCACCAGCAAUGUUGCCACACUCCCCGGCCUUUCAGCUGCCAGCCAGGCCGGGGGCCUCCUCAAACUACCCUUUGCUGGCUUGCAAAGUUUGCAAGGCCUACAAGGACUGCAAACAGCCACUGUGCUGAAUUCUGUCCAGCCUCAGCAGGCUGUCUUUCAGCCUCAGACAGCCUCGCUCCAGCAGGUCCAGGCAGCCAUGCAGCAGGCUCAACAGAGCUCCCAGGUUACCGCGGCCCAGCUGGCUCAGGCCUUGCCAGCCGUCUCUCAACCCAGCGUGUCUGUGGCAACGCUCCAGUCUGCAGGCCUCUCCAUCAACCCAGCCAUUAUCAGUGCUGCGUCGCUUGGGGCUCAGACUCAGUUCAUCAGCUCCCUCACCUCCACCCCCAUCAUCACCAGUGCCAUGUCUGGAAUUACCAGCCAGAUAAUCACCAAUGCCCAGGGACAGGUGAUUGGAACCAUCCCCCUGAUGCUGAAUCCUGCCUCACUGACAGGAGGGGCUGCUACUCAAGCUCUGAACCUCCAAGGCCUGCAGGUCCAGGCUGUCCAGCCACAGCUUAUUCUGAACUCCCAGGGCCAGAUCAUUGCCACCAUAGGGAAUGGAACAGCCCCAGUCCCCACUUCCACAGCUGUAAUGCCCAAACCUAAUGUUCCCGUGACAUCAUCGAAGCCCAACACCCAGGCUCAGGUAACCACUGUUACGCAGUCGCCUGUUGUCAUCGCCCCACAGCCGUCUGCAAUGAAGGCAGUCACUCCCAUCUCAUCAGCCCCUGUCCCAUGUGGGGAGACACCCACUGUGGGUCAGCUCGUCAGCAAGCCACAGCAAGGAGGCACGGAUGAUGAGGGCAUCAAUCUGGAGGAGAUUCGAGAGUUUGCCAAGAACUUUAAGAUCCGCCGGCUGUCCCUGGGGCUGACACAGACACAAGUGGGACAGGCCCUCACGGCUACGGAGGGCCCAGCUUACAGCCAGUCUGCCAUUUGCAGGUUUGAGAAACUGGACAUUACACCCAAGAGUGCUCAGAAGCUGAAACCCGUUUUGGAGCGAUGGUUGGCAGAAGCUGAGCUGUGGAACCAGAAGGGUCAGCAGAAUCUGAUGGAAUUUGUAGGUGGCGAGCCAUCCAAGAAACGCAAGCGCCGCACCAGUUUCACCCCACAGGCCAUUGAAGUGCUCAACACCUACUUUGAGAAGAAUGCCUUGCCCACAGGCCAAGAGAUAACGGAAAUUGCAAAGGAGCUAAAUUAUGACCGUGAGGUUGUCCGCGUAUGGUUCUGCAACAGGCGCCAGACACUGAAAAACACCAGCAAAAUUAAUUUGUUUCAGGUUCAGAUGUAAGCCUGUGAAGUAACUUCUUGACUUAUGGGGACGUUGGGAGAAUAGGAUGAUCACUAAAGAAGAUUUUUUUUUUUAUGACAGUAACACAGUAAACCCUCAUUCAUUUGAAAUUAUAUGGACUUUAUCAAGAAAAGACACUGAAUGACACUUGACCUGAGUCCUAAUAUAUUGACUUGGAAUAAUCAUUUAUCUUGUGUGAGAGUGCGCGUGUGAGAGUGCGCGUGUGAGAGUGCGCGUGUGAGAGUGUAAGGGACUUGGUGAAAGAAAAACAUUGCAUGUGAAACGUAAAUGGUCACAGAAUCUUAUCAUUUGGACAAGCUCUUGUUUCCUUUAUUGAUGUACCGAGCCAUUUGUAAAACAAUGGCUGGAAUUUGAUACAUAGUUUUAUACACUUACAAAAAUAUUGUUUUGUAAGUGCUGUCUAUAAAUGUUUUGGCAAUUGCCUCUGAUGAUAUUUGGUUGACUUGCAUUACAUAGUUAGAGUUGUGCAGCAUCAGAUUACUCAGUUCUGAUGUUAAGAUGGUGCCACCAAAAUAGGUUGGGAACUGUCAGUUUGUAUGAUUCUAUGUUGGUGUGUUGUGUGAAUGUUGUAGUACUUUGAGAAAGUAUUCUGAGUCAGAAAAGCCAAUGCCCUAUUGAAUACCAUGGUGAAGGUUUUCAUUAGUUUAACUCUAAAAGCCACUUAUACACAUCUAUUGUUUUAAAUAGUUAAGGGAUGACAGUCCUGUGUUUGUGAGAAGAUGAUACAGUCAAGAGUUUUAAACACUGCCUGUCUCAAGUGAGACAGGUCUGGGUAAUAUUUAAGAUGUACUGUAUAGAGAGAAUACUUGCAUAACAAAAAUAAUCAAUGAGUUAAUCAAAUUGAUUGAAUAAAUCAACUCGACUAUGUGAAUUAAUUAACACAUGUAUAGUAGUUUUGGAUUUUCAUAAAAAAAUGUUUUCUCCACUGAAAAUAACGAUAAUUUAGGGACAAACUAAAUUGAAGGAUUUAAUGGUUUCCCAACUCUGUUCUAUAACCUUGUAAUCUUUUGCACUUUAAGGAUAGGUCAUCUUGUAUGAGAUAACUUAUUAAAAGCCUUAAUUGCAGAUGAGUGGAGAAACGUGCAGUUGAAGGCAGCUUUAUAAACAGGCAAAAUCUAAAUGAAGUAUAUUACGCUUGGAAAUCUAGAAUGUUUAUUGACUCUAGAAUAUCUUAGAUUUUUAUAAUUUUUUCUGUCUGGUCUGUCAAACAUAAUUUAAUAUGUAGCACAUACUAGCUGGUGACCCUGCAAAUUUAAGUGGUUGAUAUGUACAUGUUUGGUUUGACAUACAGACCGUUUUUAAAUGGUCAAAAUGUUUGUGCAUCAAUUUUGCAAUGUUAUCUUUACUUUAGGCAUUGUGGUACAUGACUGAUGAGAAUAAACAGCAAUACUUGGUC